AUGGAUGAGUCGGACUCUCCAUUGCUUCCCGCUCCACGGUGGUACGACGACAAUGCGCCGCUCCGCAAAGAGCUGAAAGACGCUGCAAAGGCCGCGAGAAAGACAUCGGCCUCAGCGCCGUCUGAGAGCCCGGACAUUCUGCCUGACUGGGAAUUGACGGUCGGGAUCGAGAUCCACGCUCAGCUCAAUGCGGCGCGCAAGCUAUUUUCAUCUGCCGACACGUACCCAACCGUGGAGCCAAAUAGCCACAUAUCUGCGUUCGACAUAGCCCUGCCUGGCAGUCUGCCUGUUUUUCAGCCCGCCGUCGUCCUGCCCGCCCUCCGCGCGGCAACCGCUUUGCAAUGCACGAUAAUUACCAAGAGCACUUUCGAUCGCAAACAUUACUUUUACCAUGACCAGCCUGCUGGGUAUCAGAUCACCCAAUACUACAAUCCUUUCGCCGUGGGUGGUUGCGUAGUCUUAACGGCUGAGGACGGACUUGAGGAAGGCCGCGAAGUCGUGGUCAAGAUCAAGCAAGUACAAUUGGAACAAGACACCGCUCGAAGCCAGGAAGAAGACGGCGCCACCACACUGAUCGACUUCAACCGUUGCGGUCAGGCGUUGAUCGAGAUCAUCUCGCUUCCGGACCUGCAUUCUCCACGAGAAGCCGCGGCGUACGUUCGAAAGAUCCAGUCAAUACUUCAUGCCAUUGAUGCUGUCACUACUGGUAUGGAGCAGGGCGGGCUUCGCGCCGACGUCAAUGUCUCCGUCCGACGCAGAGACGCCAGCCACGAAGGAUUCACUUAUGCCGGCGUGACUGGUCUGGGUCAGCGCACCGAGAUCAAGAACCUGAGUGCCUUCAAGGGCAUCGAGGAUGCUAUCAAGGCCGAGAGAGAUCGCCAGAUCCGAAUUCUUGAAGCGGGUGGAGUAGUGGAGGGAGAAACUCGGGGCUGGUCGAUGACCAGGCCCAAUGAGACCCGUAGACUUCGCGGCAAAGAGGGCGAGAUCGAUUACAGGUAUAUGCCAGACGCCGACAUUCCGCCGUUAUAUAUCGGCCUCGAUCUGAUCAAAUUCGUUCGGCAGACCUUGCCUCCCUUGCCUACAGAGCUGGCCAAGAUGCUUGUCGAGGAAUAUGGGCUUUCAGCUACCGACGCAAGGACAUUGGUGCUACUCGACGACGGCGACAGACUGAUAUAUUUCCAAAAAGUCGUCGCGGAGUUGUCCAGCCUCGCCACGUAUUCCGUGCCCCAACCUGAUCUCGGAAAGAUGGCAGCCAACUGGGUUUUGCAUGAGCUAGGGUCUCUCCUGUCCACCGACGAAAGGCAAUGGUCCGACAAGGCGGUCCCGUUCGACAAAAUAGCCGAAAUCAUACACCGAGUGCGAGAGAAGCAGAUUACAGGUGCUUCGGCCAAACUGAUAUUGAAAUUGGUCUUUAACGGUGACAGUCGCCCUAUCUCUCAGAUUGUCAGGCAGGAAGAGCUGGCCUUCUCGGAAAUGUCGGCUGAAGAGUACCAAGCCAUCGCAAAGGAGAUUGUCGAGAAAUUCCCGAAACAUGUGAAGGACAUUGUUGAAAAGGGGAAGACGGGAAAGCUACAGUUUCUGAUGGGCCAGAUGAUGCGACACCCACGCAAGGGUGACAUGCGAGCACCCGAAGUCGAACAGGCUCUUCGACAGGUCAUAUUUGCGGGAAAAUCAUGA